GUUAAUGGCGUAGCGCAUUGACGAAGGAGAGAGAGAGAGAAGGGAAACAAUGAUUUCCCAGGUGGAGAGAGAUCUGUCGAUUCAAAAUCGGCUUCCGGGAAGCGAUCACACUACCCCUUCUCCGCCGACGUCUCCUCAUCUCUGCCGGAGCCGGUCUAAAUCCUCCGCUUCCGUACAACAGCAAAGCCGGACCGUCGCUCACCGUCUCUCAUGGAUCCUUUUAUCGGUUCUUCUCCGGCGUCAGGGAAUUCUCUUAUUCGCUCCUGUCAUCUACGUCUCCUGUAUGCUUUUUCACCUACACGCGGCGUCGUUUGAUGCCUCUCCCAUUAUCCACCGCCGUCCUGCUCCGGGAUCUGUCUAUAGGAGCCCUCAGGUUUACGCUAGGCUUCGCGGCGAGAUUGAGGCUGAUAAUACCACGGCUGAUGCGAUAUCAACAAUUUGGAAGCGAUCCUAUAAAGGUGUAGAAUGGAAGCCAUGUGUGAACAAAUCUACUGGAGUUUUACCUGAGUCAAAUGGUUUCAUAUUCAUUGAGGCAAAUGGAGGCUUGAAUCAGCAGCGGACUUCGAUAUGCAAUGCGGUUGCUGUGGCAGGAUACCUUAAUGCGACCCUUGUAAUUCCCAACUUUCACUAUCACAGCAUAUGGAAAGAUCCGAGCAAAUUUGGGGACAUCUAUGAUGAGGAAUACUUUGUCGAUACCUUAGCAAAUGAUGUGCGGGUGGUCGAUACAGUUCCUGAAUACUUAAUGGAGCGUUUUGACUAUAACUUGACAAAUGUCUACAACUUCAGAGUUAAAGCAUGGGCACCCACCUCCUAUUACCGGGACUCAGUCCUGCCAAAGCUGCUUGAAGAAAAGGUUAUAAGAAUUUCCCCAUUUGCAAAUAGACUUUCGUUUGAUGCUCCUCGAGCUGUCCAGAGAUUUAGAUGUUUGGCGAAUAAUGUAGCCUUGCGAUUUUCAAAACCCAUACUGACCCAAGGUGAAACAUUGGUGAACAAAAUGAAGGAGCUUAGUGCAAACAACGCCGGGAAAUACGUUUCUGUGCAUCUUCGUUUUGAAGAGGAUAUGGUCGCGUUCUCUUGUUGUGUAUUUGAUGGUGGAGACCAAGAAAAACAAGACAUGAUUGCCGCGAGAGAACGAGGAUGGAAAGGGAAGUUCACAAAACCGGGCCGUGUGAUACGACCAGGAGCUAACAGGCUCAAUGGGAAAUGCCCUUUAACUCCUUUAGAGGUUGGUUUGAUGCUUAGAGGAAUGGGCUUCAACAAAAGUACAUAUAUAUACCUUGCCGCUGGCCCAAUAUAUAGCGCAAAUAGAACUAUGGCUCCACUACUCGAGAUGUUCCCUAAUCUACAGACGAAGGAGAUGCUUGCUUCUGAAGAAGAACUGGCUCCUUUUAAGAACUUCUCCUCGAGAAUGGCUGCAAUAGAUUACACGGUGUGUCUCCACAGUGAGGUAUUUGUGACAACACAAGGUGGAAACUUCCCUCAUUUCCUCAUGGGGCAUAGGAGGUAUUUGUUUGGAGGACAUUCAAAGACGAUUCGGCCAGACAAGCGAAAGUUAGCCGUACUCUUUGACAAUCCCAAGUUGGGAUGGAAAAGUUUUAAACGGCAAAUGCUAAGCAUGAGGUCCCAUAGUGACUCCAAGGGGUUUGAGCUGAAACGAUCAAGUGACUCCAUUUACAUAUUCCCUUGCCCUGACUGCAUGCUUAUUCCACAGUUGAUUAACAUACCAUCCACAAGUUUUGUUGAAAAAGGUGGAAUGGAAUGUGAUUGUACAAACAAGAUGGAGACAUUCUUCAGCUCACAAUCGAAUCUCAAGGGCAUUGUGCUGAAGGCUGGACACGUGGCGGAAGCUGCUCUGUUUCUUGCUUCUGAUGGCUCUGCUUACGUUAGUGGUCAUAACCUCGCCAAUCGCCAUCCAUGGUGCUUAUACCGUGGAACAUAUGUGACGGAUGUGCCUCUGAAGGGAUCGGCGGAGAAACACUACAAGAGGUGGAGGAGCGAGAACCAUCUCGCCCCUGACGCCAUUGGCCACCUCAUCCAAGGUGUCACCGUCCACGAAGGCGAUUGGGACUCACACGGCACCAUCAAAAUAUGGAACUACACUCGUGAUGGGAAAGAGGAAGUAUUGAAGGAAAGGAUAGAGAUCGACGACGAGAAUAUGGCGGUAACGAUUAAUGGGCUCGAUGGUCACGUCAUGGAGUUGCUGAAGGUGUAUGUUACAACCUUCCACUUCAUCCCCGAGUCCGAAGAUGGCUGCGUCUGCAAAAUUACUAUGAUUUGGGAGAAACGCACCGAAGACUCCCCAGAGCCCAUCGACUUCAUGAAGUUCGUCGAGAAGAUGAUUGCUGACAUGGACGACCACAUCCUCCAAAACCAGGAAUGAUGGAUAUCGAUGCUUAAUCAUCAUCACAUCCUCCAUUUAUCUACGGUUUUAAUUUGUGUCCAUCUUGUACAUGAUAUUAAUUAAUAUCGUCAUGGUGU